AUGGCGGUGGUGGCCGCCGCUGACGGGAUCGCCUCACGCCUGGCGCGGCAGGAGCAAGAGAUCCGCUUCUUGGCGGCCGAGAUCGGGCGCUUGAAGGAGCCCGAGCUCUGGCCCGGCGGCUGCCAGGGCGGCGGCGGCGGCGGCUUGGCCACCUUGCCCCGGGGACUCGACGCCGCCAGCCCGGAGCUGCAAGCGCUGCGGGCCGAGAACGAGAAGCUGAGCUACCGCCUCCUGCACCUGCGGCGCAGCCUGAGCGCCGAGCUGGCCCGCGCCGGGCCCCGAAAGCCCCACGAGCAGCCCGGAGGCCGACAGGAGCUGCCCAAUGCAAACCUUGCUGUUCGCCAGGCUAAGCAUAAAAAGGAGAAGAAGAAAGAAAACCAAGCUGCUGAUGCAUGUAGGAAUGAGCUACAGCAGGAGCCAAACUUCAUCAAAGAUAGGCGGAAGCUAUAUGAAGCACUGAAGAAAGAGCAUGAUGCUCUCCUUGAUUCCAGAGCAUCCAGUCAAAGCAGAUCAAUCAAAAUCUCCCUUGUUGAUGGGAAGAAAAUGGAAGGGGAAUCUUGGAAAACAACUCCGUAUCAGAUAGCUCUGGGAAUCAGCCGAGGACUCGCUGAUAACGCCGUCAUAGCCAAAGUGAAUGGAGAAUUGUGGGAUUUGGAUCGGCCCAUGGAAGGAGACUCUACCUUGGAGCUGCUCACAUUUGAUAACGAAGAAGCUCAAGCUGUUUAUUGGCAUUCUAGCGCUCAUAUUCUUGGAGAAGCCAUGGAAAAUUAUUAUGGUGGAUGUUUGUGCUACGGACCUCCCAUUGAGAACGGCUUUUAUUAUGACAUGUACAUUGAAAACAGGGGUGUAUCUAGUACAGAAUUCCCAACACUAGAGAACAUAUGUAAAAGCAUCAUAAAGGAGAAGCAGACAUUUGAAAGGCUAGAAAUCCGGAAGGAGACCCUGCUAGAUAUGUUUAAAUAUAACAAGUUUAAAUGUCGAAUCCUGAAUGAGAAAGUUGACACACCAACAACAACAGUGUACAGGUGUGGUCCGCUGAUUGACUUAUGCAGGGGCCCUCAUGUGAGGCAUACAGGAAAAAUUAAGGCCUUAAAGAUUUUUAAGAAUUCCUCCACAUAUUGGGAGGGAAAGGCUGACAUGGAAACGCUGCAGAGGAUUUAUGGAAUAUCAUUCCCAGAGAACAAAAUGAUGAAAGAAUGGGAGAAAUUCCAGGAGGAAGCCAAAAACCGGGAUCACAGGAAAAUUGGCAAGGAACAAGAACUCUUUUUCUUUCAUGAUCUGAGUCCCGGAAGUUGUUUCUUUCUCCCCAGAGGCACUUUUCUUUAUAACACACUCAUGGAUUUCAUCAAAGAAGAAUACCAUCGGCGUAACUUCACUGAAGUGGUAUCUCCUAAUAUCUACAACAGCAAACUCUGGGAGGCAUCUGGUCACUGGCAGCACUACAGUGAAAACAUGUUCUCUUUUGAGUCUGAGAAGGAAACGUUUGCCCUGAAACCGAUGAACUGCCCUGGACACUGCUUGAUGUUUGCCCAUCGUCCCCGGUCCUGGAGGGAGAUGCCAUUAAGACUUGCUGACUUUGGCGUUCUUCACCGAAAUGAACUUUCAGGGACACUGAGCGGUUUGACCCGGGUUAGGCGCUUCCAACAGGAUGAUGCCCAUAUCUUUUGCACAAUGGAGCAGAUUGAAGAAGAGAUGAAAGGUUGCCUGGACUUCUUGCAGUCCGUGUAUUCCGCCUUUGGCUUUACUUUCCAACUCCAUCUUUCCACAAGACCUGACAACUUCCUAGGGGAAAAAGAGCUCUGGAAUCAUGCGGAGAAGCAACUUCAAAGCAGCCUGGAUGACUUUGGGGAGCCCUGGAAGCUAAAUCCAGGAGAUGGAGCAUUUUAUGGUCCCAAGAUCGAUAUUACAAUCAGAGAUGCUCUUGGUCGAUACCAUCAGUGUGCCACGAUCCAGCUUGACUUCCAACUCCCUAUCAGGUUUAAUCUUACUUACGUAGGAAAAGACGGAGACGACAAGAAAAGGCCAGUAAUCAUCCACAGAGCUAUUUUGGGCUCGGUGGAGCGAAUGAUUGCUAUUCUGGCAGAAAACUACGGUGGAAAAUGGCCUUUUUGGCUCUCCCCUCGGCAGGUCAUGGUGAUCCCUGUCAGCCCUACCUGUGAAGAAUACGCUCAGCAGGUCUGCAGCGACUUUUUUGAGGCUGGAUUCAUGGCAGAUGUUGAUCUAGACCAGAGCUGCACUUUAAACAAGAAGAUAAGAAAUGCACAACUGGCUCAGUACAACUUUAUUUUUGUGGUUGGAGAAAAGGAGAAAGCCAAUAAUGCUGUGAAUGUGCGAACAAGAGACAACAAGGUCCAUGGAGAAGUUUUGGUUGCUUCUGCCACUGAAAAACUGAAGAAGUUGAAAGUGUUGCGUACUUUACAUGCAGAGGAAGAAUUCUAGUCAUUGUCAACAGAGUGCGCACAGAAAGGGGACUAGCGGCUAUAUUCUAAACAUGUUUACUUGGAAAGAAGGCCCACUGGGUUUGGUGGGUCUUACUUCCUGGCAGGCACACUGGGGUUUGCAGCCAUGGAUUAGAGUAAUAGGCAGGUGCUUUAGUACUUCUUGACGUUCAAAAACUAAACAUGUAGCUGAUGCAGGUUCUUUAGAAAUACUGUGAACAGGUGGGAACAUUGUUAGAUCUCACUAGGAAUCCCAUGCAUCUGUGUGUGUUUUUUAAGUUCCAUAGAAAAUUGGCUUGUAUACUACAAAAUCUAUCAUCAUCAUCAUCAUCAUCAUCAUCAGGUUAUUUGUCUGCUGCUUUACCAUGGUCAAACCAUGCUCAAAGUAGCUUACAGCAACAUGAAAAAGAAUUAUGCUAUAAAAUACACUGAUAGGUAAUGGAAGGAACUCAACAUGUAUUUAGACAUGGUAUUGCGGCCAUUGACCGCUGAGGAGAGCAAAAUCUCAAAAUAGGACAUUUGUGUGCAUGUUUAUCAAUUAUUUUGAGCCUUAUUCAUGGGCAAUCUCACUUGCUCAUAUUAGUGCUCCUCACCGGUAUAUUGUAGAUGCCUUGAUACAUUUAAAUGUCUUGACGCAAAAGUCAAGCGAGUCCAUAGUGAAUCUAAAGUCUAGGCUUUCCAUUAAGGUCAAAUUCUACAUGAUGCAGAGGCCAGGGCCAUCUUACGUGAAUGGCUGAGCUGCGGUUCUGUGCCUAGUGUGGGAAAUUUCUAGAGUCAGUGUUUGUGAAUUUGGACCAGAAUCCAGAGGAUGUUGUUCUGUACGAGCAUCACUGAAAUAAACCGCGGUAUGUAUUCUGUGAUGCUCCUAUUCAUCUCAGCCUGGCUUGCGUAGGACAACAUCCUGGUGGGUCAUGCCUUAUAACAUGUUUUAUUUAUUGGUACUUCCUUGAAUUGUUCCUCUUCAGAGCAUCUAAGAAGUUGAUGUACAACUAGAUUGGAAACUUUAAAGUCAAGUUACAAUGCAAUGAAUGCAUUUGGCCUCCUUUUUUGAUUGAAUAAAAUUUAAAUACUCAGUAUGGUGA